UUGGUGGAACCCCAUUCAAAUGGAAUCCUCCGGUUAUCGUGCCCACCCCAGCGAUUGACUGCGCACAGCCGCGGCGAGAAUUUAACAUCGUUUGCAACAAUUCGCAGAUUAUUAAAAUAAUAAUAAUAAAAACAUUUUUUUAAGAAGAUUUAUUUUUCACACUCAAUUUGCAAAUGUGGCUUGAGGCCCGUGUUGGGGCCUAGUGUAGGGGAGUGUGGCCGGGCUCGGCUUGAAUGUCCCGGCCGGGGGAGAUGGAGGUGGAGGCGGUGGAGUCUCCAGGCGACGCCGGGGAUCCCGACCUCGGGGACGGGGCUGCAUUGAGGCGAUACAACAGCGCGCCAAUGAUCAACAACAUCGGCAGAGAAGGGAGCCCACUGUCUCUGGCGAGCGACGGAAAGAGCCGGAGAAACAGCGGCGGCUUCCUGAGCCGACAGGGAACGGCAACGCCACCGUCACCUGGCAGAGUAAUGAGCAGUCGUGUCAACCAGAUUAAACAGGAGGAGGGAGCAGACUUGAUAAAUCGUGAAACAGCACAUGAGAGGGAGACCAGGGCCGCCCUGCACAUCAGCCAGUCGUGCGAAGAUCUCUCCCUGAGUGAAGCGUUGCCCGAGCUGGAAAAAACCAUCACCCAGCGCAGGUCGGACUUUUUCCCGCUAUCGCCAUCUCCGUCACCCACCCGUGGCAUUGGCAAGCAACUGUACUCGCCGUCACUGCAAGCGCCCGUCAGCCCCAGCAGGGCUCCGAGUCCUCGCCGCUUCACCACAAAACGAAGUGCAAGUCCCAUCAGCCACAUUCGCCCCAGCACCCUCGGAUCGCUCAAGAGGAAAGCCGACUUUGAAGUGGACCACACCUCCAAGCGCCUUUUUCUUGGUACCGGCGACUUGGAGUUCAACUUCACAUCGAGCAUGCUCAACCAGAGCCUGUCGCCCUGCAGCAGCAGCGAUUGCCGCCCGUCCCCGGCCACGUCCCCACACGUGGACACCCCCAGCCCCGCCCCCAGUCCCGCUCACGCUCCCCUCUCAUUGGCCGCCCUCUCCCCGGACACCGACCCCGGCCGCUCGCCCAGCCCCGCCCACACCACUCUCUCAAUGGCCGGCUCCGCCUUCACGCCGGUGUCGCGAUGAAACGUUGCCGAACCCUGCGGAGUUCGGAAGGCUCCCCGCACGCGCGCCCUGUCGCGGUCGAGCGCGACCGCGGGGAGUGAGGUGAGCGUCGGGUUGUAGGAGGCGACCCAAACGAAAAUAACGACGAGGGUUGGCGACUAAUUACUUUUUGAUAUUUGUUUUUUUACCCUUCUAUCUGGCAACAAAACUGACACCUUUUUUACAAGGAGUCAUGUUUACAUAGACCACUACCUGCAGUCAUAAUGCAAACAAAAAACAUAACUCUGAUAAUGUGCACUGUCCUUGAAGUUGGUUGGUCCACACCCGAGACAGCUUUCCUUAGAGCCUAGUCUCACAUGGGUUGGACCAGAUGACGCCAAAAGGCGCAUUAUGACUGCAGGUAUUGUGGUCUAUGUAAACAUGACUCCUUGUAAAAAAGGUGUCAGUUUUGUUGCCAGAUAGAAGGAUAAAAAACCAAUUAUAUUUUUUACUGGCAAAUGAGGUUCCAAUGGCGUAAUUACUUUUUGUUAGCGAAAGGGAUUUCGAUCCAGGGCAGUGCGACGGUUUGUAAGCCUGUAAAUAAAAAUAGAAAGAAUCCGUCCACUGACUUUCUAAAUUCCGGCCCAACCAUCUCCCUGAUCGCGUGUCGUCACCACAGGUUAUUUUCCCGACCGUGCACCAACCACCAUCGGCAUGAUGUGGCUGGUUCCCACAAAUGCACAACGCACCAUGAUACAGCUGCAGUGCCAUCUCCCACAAUGCAUCCUGAUGUAGCUGUAGCGGCAGCUGCCACAGUGCUCCAUGAUGUCGCUGUAGUGCCAUCUCCCACAAUGCACCAUGAUGUAGCUGUAGUCGUGGCUGUCACAAUGCACCGCGCAUCAUUAAAUUGCCUUAAAAAGUAUGGCAAGCAUCACCCAGCCAUGUCAAUGGAGGACGCUACAGUGGCACUCACUCAAGGUAUGUGACCAUGGGCUUAAAAUUAUUUCCGUAGCAAAGCCUCAGACCAACAACGUUGGUAUACAAGCUAUAGUGCGUGGACCCCUGGUGGUCUGCAAGGCCGUGGGAUGCACUCUGCUGAACUGUUGCAGACAUGAACAAUAUGUCAUUGGUGCACGUUGGUCCGCGCAAAUUAUUUGCAGAAAUAUUGAGAACGACUUGUUGGCCUAGACGAUAAAAUAGGCCUGGCUGUCUAUCGACAAAGUUGGAACCAUUUGAUAAUUUUUUUGUAGGGUUGCCAUCGAUCUUUAUUUAAUCUUGCGCAUGCUUGACUUGCAGUCCUCCCCAUGCGCAGCUUGAGGAAGGCAUUGCCCAGCAAGCGAGCAAACGCUUACCGAGAAUACUCGCCACCCCCAGCAUCCUCGGGCAAAACCGUCCGAGGAAAACACGCGCGGGGGUAAUUUUGACGGUUUAUUGUCGACCGAUAUUAGAAAGUACGGCUUAUUUAUUGAAUGUCACUGAUUUGACGCGCAGACACGAAGCGGAAUGCACCGGCGUCUCGGCGUGGGUGAGAGGGUUUGUUGGUCCGGACCCGGCCGCCUGCACCACGCAAUUUUUACGACUCCCAUCAGGAAAAGGGGGGGACAGGCAAUUAGUCUCAGGCCUGAUUGGGUGACGCACACUUUGGCCGUGUAAAAAAGCCACUACGUGAUUACACUAAUGAUUGCCCCGCAUCUUUAAAGUGUCCGAAACGUACGUCCGAAAUCACGGAACUGUCCUUAAUUACCACCGCCUUCUCGGGGAAUAACCCGUUGAGCAAGGUGAGAUGUUUCUGGUGACGAUUCUUCAUCGGAACGGUGGCGACCUGAGGCCAAGGACCACCCAAAGACGUUGAGCGGCAGACAUCGUAAGGCACCUGCGGCAGGCCUAAGUAGUCGCCGUGCGGCAAAGUUUGCCCUCGUUUCUCGGUUAAGAGAAGGUAAAGGUGAAGCCCUGCAAAUGCGUGCUCACGACACUGCUGGCAGAAGAAAACAUCUCCAGAGAGAUCUCUAGAGAGCCUGCCCUCGAGACGUUAUUACGGCGGUCGGUGACGAACUACUUUCUUGAGCUGAGCGGUGCAAUGACACAGCACGCGGGAUGAUGCAGCAGUAACGCAGCGGCGUACCCUCCGUUACUUGUCCCGCCAUCUCACCGUGUUGUGCGUUGCAGUGCCUCGUGCGUCGCCAAAACUUUAUCGAUCAUUGAACUGUUUGUGGGGGGUUUUGCGUCACGUUUUUUUCCACUUAAAGUGGCACUUUUUACAGGGGGGCGCGUUUGCUGCGUUAAAAAAGGACUUAGCGCGGUCUCGACAUGAGCUCUGUAUCCCUCCACCAGCCUGGCGGGGCCAGGUAACCCAACUGGCACAUCUUGCCCACUUGGCAACUUGUCUGGCUGGAGGGCGACGGCUGCAAUUGACGUUUUACGCCCGCACGGCUUGACCCAACGGGACCCAGUGAUGAAUCGGCGAUGUCGGUCGACGAGUUAAAUCGAGUACGACGCAAUCGGUCGCACGGGUAAUUUGCUACGGGGGGAAAGGAACAAAACACAUUUGGGAGCCGUUGGCUCUGCCCCCUUUUGCCGUACCCGAAGCCCGAUUGACUGCUGGUUUCACGUAACAUUUACUCACGCAAAUUCUAAAGUCCCACCUCGCCCAACAUAAGUAAUUUUUUUCAAAUUACUUGCAGCCCAUUUGUCAAUCCGUUGACAGGUGAAGGGGCUUCCCACGCCGCAUCAGGCGGGGCGGGGGGGUGGGGUUGCUUGACCAUACUUCACCAUACUGGUUACUGCCGGUUGGUGAAGGGGGGCACCCGAGGACCGGUUCGUAUAUACCGCUCGCUACCUUUGUCGGCCCUGGCUGGGAAUGUAACUCAGCCCGCGGCGGCGGGUUCGUAGCGCCGCGCGCUAAUGACCACGGCAUCAAAUUCAACUCCUCCCGCGAGGUCGUCACUCAAGCGAGGCUUCAGUGGGCCGUUAGGUCACGUUGGGUUCUGUCGGUGUGAAAACACCCCCACCCCCUCCCCCAUCAUCAUCGUGCUGUCAAGCCCCAAAUGGUUUUAAACGUGUCGCGGCCCUCACACCGAUGAUGUCUUAUCGGCGAAAGUGAGCCGCCUCCCUCCCCCCCCCCUUCUGAUAAUGAGUGAAGAACGCUGAGCUACGUCGCGCCUCGAGCGAAGGUGGGUCGCGGGCCACCGUAAUGGUUUUACGAACGUCCGCUUUGUACCGAGCGCUCCUGUAGAUGACGCUGUGCUCGCGCGUCUGCUGCAAAAUUCGCCGCGCGUCCGUCGGCCGUUUUUGUUCGAGUGCAGCGAGUUGUUUUUUUUAUUCGUAUUGUUUUUGUUGCGUCUUUUUCCCCCGCGGUGUUAUCCCGACGGUGUGCUAUCCGGUGUCGCGUCGCGAGACGUAGAAUACGUUGAGGUCUCUCGCGGAGCCAGUGGUCACCCUCGUGUGGGAGAACGGCCCGUGGAAACGGAUAACACGGAGCUACCACUGAGGUCCCUUUCAAGCGGCCUCUGAGAGUAUUGUCCAUCGGGUGACAGUCGAACCAAUACUUUGUUUAAUUCUCACAGCUGGAAGUUAGCCAAACUAAGUGCAAAACCAAAUUCAUUGUUACGGUUUUUUUUAAUCAUGUGCAGCCAUUGGUGACUGGGGCUCAGUCCGUCAACUCGCUACGCCUGAGAACUUGGGAUGAACCCAGAAUAUCGGCAGUGCCAGCUGAACGCUCCGAACUUGCCACCGGGAGCCGCCUCUUUUAGCACGAUCUUUGAACCGUUCAGGAAGGCCACGUUUGGCUACCGUGGGCCACCGCUGCUGAGUCCUUGCCUCUCGGCCCGUGGCCCAACCGCGCCCUUGAGCUAAGGUCUACGCGAGACGUCGCAGGCUGCCGUAUGCAUCGAAUACUCGGUCUUUCGAUAAAGGUAGAACGCGAUUAUGUUGCAGAAAAACGUAAGAGUAAUACCCGUAUUUAAACGCUUGUACGAUAACCCAACAUUAAUUUAACACUUGUCUUGAAGAGCAGUCGUAUGGGUCUCGUUUGAUUUCCCCACGUAGUUUUCCAUACCAAAAGCACAGGUCACAGAAGAGCUCAUUCCCUAAAACAUCGCUCAACAUUUCUCGAACAAACGAGUGUUGCAUCAGCGCUCGUGUCCAUUUGUAGCCCUGAACCAAUGUUGGAAAUUCCACAGUGGUAUGCCGGAGGCUAGUCUAUCCUAGCACAAUCACAAAGUGGUACCACUCGUCUUCUUGGUUCUUUCGGUAAAGUCACGUAGAAGGGAAAUCAUAAAAUAAUAAAAAUAAAACAUAAUAAAAUAAUUCUCACGACGUUUCGGCCACAACGCAAGCAGCCGUCCUCAGGUGAAGAACAGGUCUGUGACUUUACCGAAAGAACCAAGAAGAUGAAUCCCUGCAGUCACGAAAGCUUUAAAUCGAAAUUUGGUACCACUCGUUUUACCAACCACGGCGGGAUGGUGGGUCGAGCCGGACCUCAACCAGGAUUCGAACGUCCGACUUCCCGACCGCGAGCUCUCUGAGCCCUGUGCCACUCGGCCAAUGUCAACAUGAGCGUAAUAAUUGUUGCAAACAACUGUUAACAGUUGCCCCCACCUAACGUCGCCCAUAAACCUUGACGGGUGAGAACAUCUUGUCAAAGGUAACGAUGCAUUUUAUUUGUGUGUGUGUCUGCGUGCGUGCGCGCGCGAGUAUGUACAAAUGCUCACUGUGUUUUUCCUUGCGUGUGAAAUGGUACCCUUGUUAUAAUGUUACUCUUUUGCAGUGCAUUUCCAAUGUUUUGAAUUCCGACGAAACGUAAAUUGCAAUGUCACAUUCGUCCACGCGCGAAAUUCCGGGUUGGACGAUUGGCGCGGAAAACGCUGCGACGCAAGCGAAAUGUGAGAAAGAGCCACGAGGCCUAACCCCGGAUGGGAGCUCGGCAAUGGAUCAUUCGAGAGUUGAGUUGGGCCCUAAGUUGGGCCGAGAGUUUGGCUGUGAAUUGGGUCAAGAGUUGGGCCGUGAGCUGGGCCAAGAGCUCGAACUUUCCGUGCCGGUCUCGCCGUGCAGCCGCGCCCCAAUUCCCUCCGUCAGAAUAUCCGUGCGCAGGGGAAAUUCGUCGCCAAACUUGUGACAAUCAAACAUUGUUGUGGGUGGUGGGAACGUUUGAUUUUUAACAUUUAACAUCGUGAGCAAUGCGGUCACUACCCGUAAGCAUUUCUGGGAACCACCUCUGCCCAACUCGCACGAUAAUUCAAGUCACCGGAAAAAUCAUGGAGGCGACACCUUUUUUGCGUGCGUUUUAAAUCACCCCGGGUUGCCUUUCAACUUGAAUUUUAGAAAUCUGGCAAAUCCAGUGGGCUCGAGUUGGCUUGAGUUGACUCUCCCGCAAGCAACUAGGUGUUUGGUGAAUGCAUGUACAAAUUAAAUCAUUUUGUAGAGAUGGCUGGGUCGCUGUGGCAUUAACCACACACCGGCUCGAAUGACCCCUCUCUCCACGUCGACGUUUGCCGCGGCUGGGAAGGUGAUUAAAAUCACGUCGCACCAUUCCGCCGUUGGCACCGACACUUGUAGGCCCCGACUUGCCUCCCCAGAACGUAACCCCAGGCAGCAUUUGGCGGGGUUUGAUGAUAAAAAAAAAAACGCGUUUACUUCAAUGGUUAAUAAUUCGUGCCGACAAUUCCGUCGACAUUCUUGUCACUGUAUAUAUUAUUAUUGUUGUCGUGAUUACUAUUGCUGCUGCUGCUGUCUUUAUCGCAUCUGCCGUUGUUCUUAGUUGGCGUCUUAAGCAUUUGCUAACGAGUUCUUCGCCGAUUGUAAAUAGAAUUGCGACGGCAAUUAACGAGGGGGACGGGAGGGGGGCGGUGGGGGGGGAAGGCA